CGUUUGCCUCGCGGACCCGAUUCCAACAUGGCGGCGCCCAGCGGAAGGAGGAACCGUAGUGGCGGUGCAAGCUUGUGGGCUACGCUGUUCCUGGCAGCCGUGGCGCUGAGGCCAGUAGAAGCGGUGUCAGAGCCCACAACGGUGGCGUUUGACGUGCGGCCCGGCGGCGUCGUGCACACUUUUUCCCAGAACGUGGGACCUGGGGACAAAUAUACUUGCAUAUUCACCUAUGCUUCUCAAGGAGGGACCAAUGAGAAGUGGCAGAUGAGUCUGGGGACCAGCGAAGACUACCAGCACUUCACUUGCACCAUCUGGAGGCCCCAGGGCAAGUCCUAUCUGUACUUCACACAAUUCAAGGCAGAGGUGCGCGGUGCUGAGAUUGAGUACGGCAUGGCUUACUCUAAAGCUGCGUUUGAAAGAGAGAGUGAUGUUCCCCUGAAAAAUGAAGAAUUUGAAGUGACCAAAACAGCAGUGUCCCACAGGCCCGGGGUGUUCAAGGCCGAGCUGUCCAAGCUGGUGAUCGUGGCCAAGGCAUCACGCAGUGAGCUGUGACCAGCAGCGCCUUCAAGGGCGGCUUUCCCUCAUCUCCUCUAAAGGGGCCGGGCUCUGUGAGGACUGGCACAUUGUUGGUUUUCCGCCCUGGCUGUUGUUGCCCUGCCUGGAGGGGCCCGCAGGAUGGCUGUGGCCCUGGGACAGAGUCCAGGGGCCAGGAGACUGGGGGUGUCCUCGGUCUCCCGUGGCUCCUCGCCUUCCCCAGCCCUACCCCACACUCGCUCUUGAACAGAGUAUGGGUCUAAGCCCAGCUCUUGUCCUGCCAGGAGAAACAUCAGCACAAGGUGGGGUGGGGGGGACACAGCUUUUCUGAAGCCAGCGUGUCUCCCCGUGGGGUCAGGCUGGACUCUGGACGUUCCAGGGAAGAAUAGCCCUGCUAUCCUCUGACCCCAAGCUGACUGUUUUCUCACAGUUUCCCCAGGAGACCACUUUCAGACUAAUUGGGAAGAAAUGAAAUGUUCUUUUGUAUUUAAAUAAAGAAAUUGAAAAGGAACUGCAUAGACUGGGCAUCUCAUGCUGGCGCCCACCUGGCCGGGCGUGAGGGGCCGGGGGCCUGGCCGCCCCAUUCCCUGUUGGAAACAGGCAGGCUGU